AUGAAGGCAGAUUUCUCCAUAGAAUCCGUUGACUGCUUGAUCGACCUCCCAAAUGACUACGAGACAUACCCGAGCGCCUGGCAAACGUUGCUUGUCAAACUACGGAAUGCUGUUCUGAGAGCUUUUAGUAGCACACUCAGUGCCAGAGAACUUCGUGCUAAGGAAUUGCUAGAAUCCCAAAAAGAGGGAAACUGGGAUUUUAUGGAGUAUUACUUUUGCCAGGAAGAAAUAGUGUCGCUCUACUGCUGCUUGAGCAUGUAUGAGGAGGCUUUGGAUUACAUGGACAGAGUAGAAAGUUGCUUGACUUCGGAAUUAGCUAUGGCAGCGGAGAAUGGUUCGUGA